CCGUCACGUCAGCGUCGACUUGUCUGUGUAGUGGUGCGUCGUCAACGCCGCGUGUGUGUGUAACUCUUCACUUCGUGUGCGUAUCAUGUGAGCAGACCCCGGUGUCAAUUCUCUUCACUCAGGAUGUCAAAGUAACCAGCGGUCAUGGAAGAUGAAGAGCUAGAGCUCCAGAGGGGCCUGUCCUCCGACAACUCCUCUAACCUCAGUCUCAGUGACGCCCUGGGACCGCCAGAGGACGACCUGGACGUCGAGCUGUUCCAAGGAUACUCCACGGCCCUCCUGAGGUUCGCCUCGGCGUGUUGUCUCCUCUUCAUGUUGGUUGGGAUACCCGGGAACCUCAUAACUAUCAUCGCCCUCUUCAGGUGUAAAAAGGUCCGCAAUGCUACAGCUGUAUUCAUCAUCAACCUGUCCGUCUCCGACCUGAUGUCCUGCUGCUUCAACCUCCCUCUGGCAGCCUCUACUUUCUGGCAGAGAGCGUGGCGUCACGGUCGUCUCCUCUGCCAUCUCUUCCCGUUGCUAAGAUACGGCCUGCUGGCUGUCUCUCUGUUUACCGUGCUGGCCAUCACUAUCAACAGAUACGUCAUGAUUGGCCACCCCACGUUGUAUCCGAAGCUGUACCGUAACCAAUACCUGGGUCUGAUGGUGGCCAGUACAUGGUUGUGUGGAUUUGGAGCUCUAGUCGCCACAUGGCUCGGCAAGUGGGGCAAGUUCGGCCUAGACCCAGCCAUCGGCUCCUGUUCCAUCCUCCCCGACCAGCACGGCCACUCGCCCAAGGUGUUCCUCUUCCUGGUCGCCUUCGUCAUCCCGUGCAUCGCCAUCGUCGUCUGCUACGCGAGGAUAUUCUACAUUGUUAGAAAAACAGCGAUGAAGUCACGCUUAACAGCGAGAAACAGCACUGCCACAACUACUGCCAGCACUACAGUAGCCGGCGCUUCCAAGUCAUCCUCGUACUACUCCUCAGGGAGAGUUCGACUUUUGAAAAAGUCACACCAUUCUUCCACUGAUGAUUCUGCUCUAGGAUCAGUCAGUACGGGACCAUCGUAUUCUACCGAUAAGUCUUCAUCUAUUUUAGACAACGGUACGUCUUCGGAGUUGUCUGCGGACACUAUCACGAUCAAAAUGGUCACUCUUCAGACUCCUCACAAUUUACUUUCACCUCCUACAUCAUCUCCUGUGCGGUUCGCGAAGAUCGCAACAGACCCGUCUUCGUCUUCGGGCGUGGAAGGCAACGCUUUCGACGAAGAAGACGAAGCCACUUCAAGAAGCGUGACACCAACAUCGGUGUGUAGUUCCAUGCCGCAUUCUCCAAGCUUUAGAAGCGUGAGGCGGAAAAAGCGCAAAGAACGUUUACCCUCAGCUGUUUUAUCCCACGUGGCUUCCGUCUUCCGCAAAGGAAGUCACAUGAAGCACAACAUAAGCCCAAGGAGAAUCAGCUCCAUGAUUCCUGCCGUCCCUGGAAAAAUGACACCGAAGGAUAAAAAGCUUUUGAAAAUGAUUCUGGUCAUUUUCGCUGCGUUUGUGACGUGUUACCUUCCUAUAACGAUAUCCAAGACUUUCAGGGACUUUUUCGACUACCGCGGGUUGAACAUCGCCGGUUAUAUUUUGAUUUAUCUGACUACUUGCAUCAACCCUAUUAUUUAUGUUGUUAUGAGCUCAGAGUACAGACAAGCGUACAAGAACCUACUGAUGUGUCGUAGUGGAGAAUCCCACAGCUCGGGUCAGGUUCAGGCCAAUACGAGAUCAGCAACGCAGAGGGCAUGACGAAGAAGACUCAAUGGCCACAACGGCGCCCACCCGGGCAAGCCUUAGGUCAUUGGUCCCAAGUUACCCGUGGAGGUUGAAGCUUUCUCCAUUGCAUUACUAUGCAGACUGAGUAACCU